UAAAUUACUAGGUUGCUGGCCUCUGAACUCUGUGGUAUAGGCACCUGGUUUUCAGAAUUUGGCUUCCUCUGACCCACCGCCACCUCCGUGUCCACCCAGCCCUGGAGGCAACAGUUGCCACUGAGAUAGAAGCAAGAAGGCUAUGAAACACUCUGCGAGGCACUGAGGAUAGUUUUCCCGUUUGUGGUCUUAACAUCCCGAUGGCUGGUCUGAGGAGAGGGCCUCAUGUUCCGGUGCAGCGCUGACUGUUGUGAGGACAGCCAGGCGUCCAUGCAGCAGGUGCACCAGUGCAUUGAGCGCUGCCACGCACCUCUGGCUCAAGCCCAGGCCCUGGUUACCAGCGAGUUGGAGAAGUUCCAGGACCGCCUGGCCCGGUGCACCAUGCAUUGCAACGACAAAGCCAAAGACUCCAUAGAUGCAGGGAGUAAAGAGCGUCAGGUGAAGCGGCAGCUGGAGAGUUGUGUGACCAAGUGCGUAGAUGACCAUAUGAACCUCAUUCCCACCUUGACCAAGAAGAUGAAGGAGUCUCUCUCAUCCAUUCAGAAAUAGCAGUCUUUGCCAUUGGCCAUGGAGGCUGAGGGCAGGAACCUGUUUAAAAUGAAGAGUGCGAAUGUUGGUCUUUUAAGCAGUUUAGGGAUGAAGAAAUUAAGGAUGGCAGCAAGUUUAAGGCAUGUGUCACUUGCCUCUGGACAGGGUUCUUUUAUGUUUUAAUCCUAGAAAGUGAAAUGGGGGAAAAAACUGGUGCUAAAGUUUGGGUCAGAGAGUUUUUGAGAGCCUAAAUUUUAUGUGGCAAAUGCUUAUCCUGGCAGCAGGCAUUUCCCUCAUAUGAAGCCAGAGCCCUCUGAGGUACCGACAAGCUGACAGUGUCCUCUAACCUGCCAGUGGUCUGGUGGGAGGGGAGGAGAGGUGUUUCUGUUUGUUGCCAACCUCCUGUUUACCAGAAGCAUUACCACACCAUUGUCCAUAAGCUGUGAAACAAAACCCAUGAGGUUACUAAUUGAGAAGUGGAAAAACGGUUUCUGAGUAUUUGUUUUGUUUGGUUUGGUUUUAGGUACAAGGGCAUAAAGUUCAUUUAAGAUGUGGAGUUGAGGGAGGGAGUUUGGAUAAGAACUUGAAAAGGUUCCUUUGGAUAGAUAUCGUUUCUGUCCAAGGUGUGGACAUGCAUUUAAGUGCUCACACAUUACACCUUCCAGCUCGGAAAC